AUGUCGGGCUCAAGCUCCCCUGACGCUUCGUCUGUCGACGUCAAGACACGCUCUUUUGACUCGGCUGCCGUCUUUGACUCACCACUAAGAAAGCCCCUAAAGAUCAACCCCUUCUUCGCCGCCUUCAACAUCACCCUGGCGUUUGGUCUCAUCGGCGCCCUUAUUGCGGGUUACUGCAUCGGGCUCAAGGUCUUCGAUCUCGACAUCACCGCCGUCGGCCUAUACGGAACGAUUCUUAUAUCCGAAUACCUUGUUCAGCUCUGCUGCGCCAUCAUCAACCGCUUCGAUAUCGACCGAAUCGUCAACAACUUGGCAAAGAAGCGGGCCAAUGCACAGGCGGCCGGUGACUGCGAAAAGGCCGCCGACGGCACACCGGAACAUAACCUUCUCAACCCCGGCAGCGAGGUCUCUAUCGCCGUCGUCGGCUACCGCGAGGAUGAACAAGCAUGGAGGCUAUGUCUCCGCAGUCUGCAGACGCAGUCGCUCCGCCCCAAGUGUGUCAUCGGUGUUGUUGACGGCAACGAGGAGCCAGAUCUGAACAUGGCACAAGCCUUCGUUGAGGAAUUCGAAUCAUACAAGGCGCCGCUCAUCCACCUGCCCCUGCUUCUCUCCGAGGUCCACCGCAAGACAUACUUCGACAACAUCCCUGUUGACACUCGAUUCGCAUUGACCAAGUUCUGGCACUACCUCGUAGGUCGCUAUCGACCUGGCCAUGAAGCGGCCUUGGCUAUUGCUAGACAGGUAGUGAUUGAGCAAGUGAUGGAAUGGGACGAGAAGUGGAACAUCAGCAGCCUCAAAGCCGUCAUGUUCAGUCAACCUCACGGCCACAAGCGCACCGCCAUGUUUACUGCCUUUGCCAUGAGCUUGUACGCCUGUCGAACCCGGGACUCCAUCUUCACGACCGACUCAGACACACUCAUCCAGCCCAACGGUCUGGAUGAGAUGCUGGCACUCCUACGUUCUGCGCCUCAAAUCGGUGGUGUCACGGCCGAUGUCAAGAUCUGGAACCGCGCUGAGUCUUUGCUUGCCCGGUUGUGCUCGGCGCGAUACUGGUUUGCCUUCAACAUCGAGCGAGCCUGCCAGUCGCUGUGGCGCUGUGUCGGCUGCCUCUCUGGCCCGAUGAGCAUGUACCGCGCUUCCGAUCUCGAGACAAUCCUUGGUCCAUGGAACUUGCAGACAUUUGGUGGCAAGGAGACGACCUUUGGUGAUGAUCGCCACUUGACCAACCAACUUCUGGCUCACGGACUCCGGACACGAUAUACACACCGCACAUGGUGCGACAGCGAGUCACCGACUUCCUUUGUGCGCUGGGUUGCCCAGCAGACGCGAUGGAGCAAGUCCUUCUUCAGAGAAGCCUUUUGGUUCCCGGCCACCUUUGCCUUGCAGUCCCCGUGGAUGCUUGUCGAGACAACCGUACAGGCCUUGUACCCCUUUAUCCUGAUCGCCACUGUCUUCCACUUCCUCUUUGACACUACCAGCGACGACCCCUGGCGGCCCAUCAUCUGGCUUGUCACCAUGUUUGGUGUCGCCUUUGUCAAGUCCGCUUUGGCCGUGCUCAUCAGCAGGGACUUGUGGUUGCUUCUCUUCAGCGCGUAUGGCUUCAUCUACUUCUUCGGCCUGCUACCCUCCAAGAUUUACGCCCUCAUCACCAUGAACCAGACCAGCUGGGGAACGUCGGCGCGUUCUUCCACCGAGCGCAAGCGCGGACAGUCUUUCUUGCAACGCUCAUUCCAUAUCUGCCAUCUCGUUAUCUGGUACACGGCCGUCUUCGUCGGCAUCGGGUUUUUCACCUACAGAAUCUUUGGCAACCCCCUUCUCUUCCUUAUCGGUGCCUUCGCACUCAUCCCAUCAGCCCUUCUCUACUGGGAGCGCUCCCUCUCCCUAGAUGGCCUCAAAGGUCUAUUUAGAAAGAAGAAGCCCGCUCCCGAACCCGUCACUCCCUUCGAGGUCGACGAGUCAGUGCUUCCUACGAAGCCUUCACCAGCCUCAAAGUCUCAAGGAGACUUGUCCGUCGCCUCAACACAUCGGAGUUCAGACAGCACUCUCAAGAACACGCCUGCUAUGUCUGUCAACGAAGUUCCUGAUAAGACCGAGAAAAGUCCUGAUAAGAUCGAGGAAAUACCCAAGGCCGCUACUUCCGAUUGA